AUGACUACCCUAUUGGGAGAUGCUAUCUUUAACAUAGAAGAGGAAGAAUACUGGGAGGCCCACCAACAUGCAUUGAAAAAUCCAUAUGAAGCAAGAACAGAUGAUGAGAAUGAUGAAGGGGGAGAAGCCCUUAGUAAUGAUGAAGGUAGCGACAGUGAAGAUGAUAAUAGUGGUGACAACAAUAGUGAUGAUAGUGAAGACAGUGAUGGUGGAGACAAUAGCAGUGAUGACAGUGAUAGUGAAGGAAGUAAUAGUGAAGACUAUGAUAGCCAAGAUAGCGGUAAUGAUAGUGGUGAACCCCCUAGUGAUAGAAAGGACGAAGAUGCAGGAGCCUUCUAUGAGGAAAAUUUUGAUGAUGUGGACUAUAAUAAUGAAGACAUAGAAGAUGAUGCAAAAGGUGUAGAUGGAGACUAUAAUGAAUCCCCUUAUAGGCAACUUUUGGAUUGGAGUUGCAUUAUAGAUGCCAGCUCAAAAUCAGGCCCCUGA